CGUCUUGAACGAGAAUAAUAAUGACGGCUAAAUCUCAUUUGGCAGUGGAAAGUCGCAUUGUCUAUACACGUUUUCUUCAUGAAGAAUAUCCCUGAAACUAAAACUGCGAAAAUGUAUAAAUAUCAAGUUAUUUGACAAUAAAAAAUCAACACCGAUAGUGUGUGGCAAUUUCGGAUUGUGCUGAGUUUGGUUAUGUGAAUAGGAAAUUCCAGGAGCGAAAAAUCUGCGAACACAGGCGAUAUAUUGUCACUUCCCGCCCAACAAAUUAGCGAGUUCUAGCUGGCGGCUAUCGUUCAUCUCUGAUUUUGUAUUGGAAAAUAACCACCAGACGUAUUUUUACCUUUUUGGAAAGUUGUCGGGAUUCUUAGUGUGUUGGAUCAUUGAUUAGAAUUCUGAAAAUGAAAAAUAUGGAUACACAUUCGGAAGAAAAGAAAGUGUAUAAACUGGUCCUCACUGGAGGACCAUGUGGCGGCAAAACAACAGGUCAAGCUCGAUUGUGCACCUUUUUCGAAAAUCUAGGCUGGAAGGUGUUUCGAGUGCCUGAAACGGCCACUGUUCUCCUCAGCGGUGGUAUCAAAUUUUCAGACCUGACUACGGAUGAAGAACGGCGCCGAAAGCCGACUGAUCAUCACACUAUAUUGAGAAACGGUAUCCCGGAACAUAGUGUAGAUAAGACUGCGUCGUGUCCCCGUUGUUUGGCUGCUGCUGCCGAAAAACCCAAUGGUAGCGAGGCAUAUAAGUUUCAAGAAAAUUUACUGCGAACGAUGAUCCAAAUUGAAGACACCUUCUUUGAGCUUGGGAAAUCAUGCGUAAGAAAUUGUUUGAUUAUUUGCGAUCGUGGAGUGAUGGAUGCCAGUGCGUUCGUUUCCAAGGAAAAGUGGGAACGUAUGAUGAGAACAAACAGCUGGAAUCCAGUUGAGUUGCGAGACAAUCGCUACAAUCAUAUUGUGCAUAUGGUUUCAGCGGCCAACGGCGCCGAAGCAUUCUAUUCCACCGAAGAUCACGCGUGUCGAUCGGAAGGCGUUGAUUUGGCACGAGAACUCGAUUAUAAGUCCGCGGCUGCAUGGAUAGGACAUCCCUAUUUCGAUGUGAUUGAUAAUUCGACCGAUUUUGAUAACAAAAUGAACCGUAUGAUCGAAUGUGUGUGUCAGAAACUUGGUAUUCAUAUCGGAGAUCGUCUGUCGACCACAUCGAAGAAGGUCAAAUUUCUUGUGUCGGAGCUACCACAAAACCCAUCCUUCCCAGCAUACCAAGAUUUCGAAGUCGUCCAUCAUUACCUGCAAUCGGCUGGACCGCGUGUGCAAGCUAGGUUACGAAAACGUGGCCAAAAUGGACAUUUCAGCUAUAUUCAUACGAUUCGUCGUCCUCACCUUCAUGGACAAUCAAUAGAAGUUAAAACGCAACUCACGCAUAGAGAUUACCUAAACAUGUUGACUCAGCGCGACGAUGCCCAUUUUACUAUCUACAAAAAGCGACGUUGUUUUCUGGUGAAUAAUCAAUAUUUUCAGAUGGACAUUUACAAGGAACCUGGCCAUCCAAGAUGCAAGGGUUUGAUUUUAUUAGAAACCUAUACUUCUCUGAGUGGCGAUAAAUUGAAGGAAAUUUUGCCCGAGUUUCUUAACAUCGUGAAGGAAGUUACCGGUGAUCCGGAUUAUUCGAUGUUCAAUCUCUCGCUGAAAGAGGACUGGAGUAAUACCAAAAAAUUCUGUUAUUCACUUCAUGAUCAAGAUGAAAGUGAGUUUAGAGCGAAUGGACAUUCUAAAAAAAUGAUAAAUGAUCAGCAAUCAGUUUAUACCGAUGAACAACAAUCAGCAUAUAUUGGAUAUUCUUGUAUUUCUACUUGCUCAAAACCAUUGCCCCGCGAAGGAUCUUCUUAAAUAACUUCGUAUAUACACAGUACUUGCAGCUUACAGAGAGCAAAACGGUUCUUAUCUAUACAUUUAUAACAGUUGAUAUUCAAAUGUAGUGUCAAACUGCGCUUUGUGUGUUGAAAACAUCCGACUCACUUGGCAAGACAGGGGAAUUUAAAAUAACAGCUUGUUUUUUACUGUCAAUAUAUUGUAUUCCCGAAGACUAGUCCCAGGUACUUAAAGAAAUGAAUUAGUGAAAUCUAUUUCUGCAAACUUUUUAUUCAAAUGUAUUGCGAACCUUCUUACAAAUUAUGUAUCCAUCAGGUUUAAGGAAAAUGCAAAUAUUUACCAGCUAUGAAGAGCCAAUUCCUCUCAUGCUAAAUAAUCACGAAAGAAGUCAGGUAUAUUCUCUAUGCAACAUGUUUCAACAAGAUACUUAAAGCCAAAUAGAAGAAUAAUAUCAUAAUUGUAUUUUAUAUUAAAAUGUCAGCAUAUUUCAGAAAUUCUGCAAAAUUUGAGUAAACAUUAAACAUCCAGAAGUACAACAAG